AUGUCGAGCAGGCUUUAUACUUACUUCUCCAAACGCACACCUGCGGCUGCCAAUUCUCCAAGGACCAAAAAAGAGACCUCGAUAGAUGUCGAAUCAGACGCAAGAGAUGGUACCGAGAAACGCCUAAAUGCUCUGAAUGCACCACCUUAUUCUGACAGACCUCCAGCUUCCUCGGCCCUUGUACAUACGCUCACCGAGACGAAACGCCAGAUUGGUGUUAUCAGUGCUUUUUUCCUCAUCUUUAACCGCAUGGUUGGAACUGGCAUUUUCGCAACCCCGAGUACGAUAUUCUCCCUUGCCGGCAGCGUCGGCCUUAGCCUAUUCAUCUGGGUCGCCGGCAUGAUAAUCGCCAUGUGUGGCAUGGCCGUAUAUCUGGAAUUUGGGACUGCAAUCCCAAAGAACGGAGGCGAGAAGAACUACUUGGAGUUUGUCUACCGACAUCCCAAAUACCUCGCAACUGGAUUUUACACGGGAUAUGUCGUCCUUCUUGGUGGGAAUCAGCGAGGAGUUGGGCUAGCCUGCAUCACUGCCGCAUUUCUCAUUCACGGAUGUGCUCUGAAAUGGGGAUUGAGGCUGCAAAAUCUCCUCGGCAUUAUCAAGCUGAUCAUUGUGCUACUCAUUGUCGUCUCCGGGUGGGUGCCGGAGCCCCAUAACUUUGAGAAUGCAUUUGAAGGAACGACUGGCAGCGCAUACGGCGUUGUCACAGCCUUGUACAGUGUGAUUUGGAGCUACAUCGGCUACAGCAAUGCAAACUACGCUCUGAGCGAAACGAAGAAUCCAGUCCGCACCCUCAAGGUCGCGGCACCAGCUGCAAUUAUAUUUGUGUCCAUCAUUUACAUGCUUGUCAACAUUGCUUAUUUUGCCGCCGUCCCUAAAGAAGAGAUCGUAUCUUCUGGCCUGGUCCAAGAACUCGGGCGAGAGGGAAUUCUUCCCUUUUCUCGUGUAUGGGCAAGCAACAACCCGUUUAAUGCGCCUCUCGCUGGUCUAUUCGAGCACUGGUGUGUUUCGGUGAUAAUCAUGCUUGCGCCGCCUCCAGGCGAUGCGUACAAUUUCAUCCUGAACGUCAUUUCCUAUCCCCUGUCCAUCAUCAAUGCUUUUGUGGCGGCUGGACUGUUAUAUCUCUAUGUCAACCCAUACCGUUGGGAAUGGUCGCCGCCCAUCCGUGCAACGUGGCCGGUGACUCUCCUUUUCCUCCUAAGCAACUUGUACCUCAUUGCCGCUCCGUUUGUGCCUCCCAGCAAUGGGCAAAACGUGUACAAGGAUCUCCCAUACUACCUGCACUGUGUGGUAGGCAUGGGGAUCAUUGCUGCUGGGGGGUUCUAUUGGCUUACCUGGGCUGUCCUGUUGCCGCGACUUGGGAACUAUGAGCUCGUGAGAGAAGUCGAGAUCAGUCCAUUGGACGGGUGGGAGAGGAGGGUGUUGUCAAGACGCAAGAUUACCCGCGAUGAAAAGUCAAGGCGCAGUACGAGCCCGGCCACAUCCUAA